CUCCAAUACAUAUAAAUAGGUGUCUGUAACCCACUGAACAUUACUGUAACCAGGUUGAACAUCUGAACACGUGAAGACCCCAAGAUGCAGGCUCUACAGGUUUUGUCUCUGACUCUGCUGUCCGUUCUGGCAGCUAACGCCCAGACCUUCCGCCCUGGAAAAUGCCCCCAACCCCCCGUCCAGACUAACUUUGACACCGCCAGGUAUCUGGGCAAGUGGUAUGAGAUCCAGAAGCUCCCUGCCAUCUUCCAGAAGGGCGAGUGCAGCACUGCCACCUACUCCUUGAAGAGCCCCGGAGUAGUUGGUGUGCUCAACAGGGAGCUGCUGGCUAACAACACUGUCAAUGCAAUUACUGGCUAUGCUAAGGCCAAGGACCCCUCUGAGCCCYCCAAGCUGGAAGUCAGCUUCUUCGAGGACUCUUCCCCUGGCCCCUACUGGGUGUUGUCCACUGACUACGAGGGCCACUCUGUGGUCUACAGCUGCACCGAAUACCUGGGCGCCUUCCACGUGGACUUUGCCUGGAUCCUGAGCAGAGAGCCAACCCUCUCUAAGGAGAAACUGGGGGAGCUGUACAACGUGUUCACCUCCAACGGCAUCAACAUCGACGUGAUGACCGUCACCGACCAGAGCCAAGAGCUGUGCGUCGACAUGCCUCUGUGGGCCUAAGAGACWACCUGAUUCAGUCUAGAAAAUGCAUAAGAUUUACAUUCAUCACAUGGCAUGCACAUAGAGUCCAAAUUAUUAGGACAUGUAAACACCUUCAUCUGCGUUUCAGCUGUGGAUUGGAUCUGUGCAGGUGCUAGCACCAGCCGAGCGAGCCUCCCUCUUUAGUGCGAGUGAAGUGUGUUCGGAACAACUGAAUGUAUGCUCCUUAGAAGUAGUUU